AACCAUGUUACCAACUAUAAUGAGAAAGCCUCAUUUAUUCACAGGAAUCCCGUUAUCAUUAAGGGAGGCUUUGGAAGAGUACGCUCUAGGAUUAAAAAAGCUGACCAUAAAUAUAUUAGAACAAAUGGAUUCUAAUGAGAUGAGAGAAUUAUUCAGUGAAUGUUGUCAAGCUAUGCGAAUGAAUUACUAUCCCCCUUGUCCUAAAGCUGAGCAGGUCCUAGGUUUCUCACCACACUCGGAUGCGGAUGCUUUGAUGAUUCUACUUCAGCUUAAUGAAACAGAAGGCCUUCAGAUCCGGAAAGAUGGGAAAUGGCUUCCAGUAAAACCCAUCCACAAUGCUUUUGUAGUCAACAUCCGUGAGAGUGUGAGCAAUGGUGUUUAUCGCAGUAUCGAACACAGGGCAGUUGUGAAUUCAACAAAAGAGAGGCUUUCCGUUGGUAAAUCCACUACAUGAACCAGGAUGGUUCCGAAGAGAGUCAGUGGAGACGUACUUCAAGAAUUUCUUUGCACGGAAACUUGAUGGAAAGUCCUACCUAGAUUCCAGUUGAUUGUUAUCAAUGUUUCUUGGUAUUUGCACUGCAUAUAUCCAUUUGUUUUCUACUACUGAA